AUGACUACAACCAGCACAGGUUCUGGGGGCAUCUCGACGGCGACGGUAACAACCACAGCGACACCCGACGGUAGCAAUGGCUUGGAUGACGGCGCAAAGGCCGGCCUCGCAAUCGGCAUUAUUCUCGCUGUCCUCUUAUUCAUGUUUAUCGGGUACAAGAUGUUUCUGAAAUACCGCGCGAACCGAAUGAAUGCCGCAGCAACUACAACAAACGGAGAUAUCGGGCUUGGUAUGGGAGGUGCUGCAGGUGCUGCGGGAGCAAUAGGGGCGGCAGCAGCGAAAUUUGGAUCCGAAGACAACACAACGCACGCGUACAAGUCGGAGCUCAACGGCGAGUCGAGAACCAUGGCUGAAUUGGAUCCGCGGUCGAUAUCAGAGCUCGAUACGUCAGCGGCAGUCGCAGUGCCGAGGACGACCGGUGUGCACAGACAAUUUGCCGAACUCGACCCAGACCCUCCAACACAACUCAGCGAGCUACCAGCCGAUAAUUACGAUCCGACGUUGAACACGAACUCGCUGCCACCUGCAUAUGUGUCCCCAAUGACAGAAUCAGGGACUCGCAACACGCUCUACUCGACCGUCUCACCAGUAUCGCCCGAUUCUAGCACGAUGCAAUCAAACCACGGGUUGGGAAUUUCCAGCAUUUCUGAAGGAGAUGCCUCGUCAGGUGCCAACAGUAGUGCAGGACCAUGGACGAACCAGACUCCAACAGUACAGCAGGGGUUCGGACGAGGAUGGCUGCCAAAAGAAAGAUGA